AAACAAAUCUUCAAAACAAAUGAUCAAUAAUUCACAAACAGUAAUGAAACUCAUCGAUGCUUGUAUGAGUACUUUAAAGUUAUAUAUAUAGAGAAUAAAGCUGUUCGGUCUUUAAAAAAUAUCGUAAAUAAUGGUGCGGCGGCAGCGUGAACCUAGUUCCACAGAGGAUGAAAUUGUUAUUGACACAUCACCACAGAAGAGUCACAAGCGGCACAAACAUAAAAAGCACAAGAAGCGUAAGAUCGACAAUGAUAACGACAGCGAUACUUCGAUCGAUGUGGCUUACGAAGAUAUUGUAGAUAAAUCUUUCAAAAUGAAGACAAAGAAGGAAAUCCCGAGUACGUCAGCGGCUGAUCUAUUAAAGGCUCAAGCGAAGUCAUCUUCGGAUUCUCGCAAAUCAGUGCCCGGUUCAACAUCAAGCACCCCACCCAAGGUUGCUCCUAAGAAGAAAAAAGUAAAAGGUCGCGACAGCGGUACAUCAAGUGAAGAGGAACGAUGGCUUGAUGCCAUUAAGUCUGGAAAACUCGAAGAGGUAGAUGAAGAAUUAAAGAAAAUUAAGCCAAAAGAUCCUAAAAUGAUGACGGCUAGACAAAGAGCUAUGUAUGAAAGGGGCACUGAUAAAGAAACCAUCCCAGGAGGGGAAGUUCUGCUUGCAUUACCAUCAGGUUAUAAGGAAAAAGUUAUGACUGCAGAAGCCAUUCAAAAAGCUGCAUUAAAAUCACAAAAAAGGAAACAAUUAGCUGAUGAGAAAAGGGAGAAAGAUAAAAAGAAAACAAUGGACCGCCUACUCAAGAAACAGGAAUCGAAAAAUCUUAAAAAUGCACAAAAAGGAAAGCCAAUCAGAAAGCAAGAACCAAUGAUAAUUUAUAAAAAUAAUAUCAAUGAAAUAUCACUCUCUUUGCCAUUGUGCAUCCUGUUUCCACUAGAAGCUAAACAUCCGAUAGAACCACCAAAACCAAUUACAUGUGGUGUGAAUGACUGUAACAAUCUAAAAAAAUAUAAUUGUUCUAAAACGGGUGUACCUUUAUGCAGUUUAGAAUGUUAUAAGAAAAAUUUGCAUUUAGUGUUCAAUAGUGAAUGAAUGUAUCGUGAGAUUUAAAGCUAAAUGGCAGUCUUGUCACAGUUUUUGAAAAAUACUUCCUUGAAAAUAGGAGCAUUAUGUAGGUACGUAUUUCAAAUGCGUACCUACUUGCCUGCUACGUGAAGCUGUCAGUGGAGUAGAAGCCAGGACUAUUAGGUAUUUAAAAGGUAUAGUCAAGUAAAUUUGACAUUAGCAUUUAUAAGUUUUAAAAGUACUUCUUUCAAAUAAAUGUGAUUUAAAAUAAAAGUUUUUUCUGUAGAAACAAUUCAUUCAAACAUACACAUUUAUUACAAAAUACAGGACCGUAUUGUAUGGAAGUAUCUAUAUCCAAUAAAUGACUUUAUAUAAUAGGUUUUAAUUUGCAGAAAUAAAAGAUUUUAAAUUGCAAAAUGCAAAUUAUAUUUUUUCCCGCGAAAACGCUCGCCGGGUGUCAUGGCCGCAAUCGUGGCGUCACAGGCAUAUUAGAGCUUUAGAAAGUCUUGUUCUACAGCUAAAUACUAUUCAUAACCGAAAAGUUGAGAAACUGUUGAAAUCACAAAAUAGGUACGGAGAUAUUUUUCGAAGUUUUUUUCGAAGCAGUAAAAAAUUAUAUUUUUUAAAAACGUGACGUCAUCAUUUUGACUUCGGCGGUAAGUUUAUUGAAUAUUCGGCGUUUCACUUGUCAUGAUUUGGACUAUUUCGAUUUUGAAUUUACUUAUAUCAAAAAAAUAACUAGGUAGGACUGCCGACAUUACGACUUUUAUGUAUACAGGAGCCAUGAUAGCCAAGUGUGUAAGGCUUCGUCUCCCCUUUCGGUGGGACAGAGUUCGAUUUCCGACCUCUAAAUUUCCGGAGUUAUGUGCUUUUUAAAUUUAAAGAGUUAAAGAUCACAUGCUUUAACGGUGAUGGUUAUGUAUUCAAAAACAGAACACUCCCAGAAAUUAAUUAAUCAUUAUCAGUUGGACGACCAUCCUGGCCCAGGGCGAGCGCUGUGUUCUUAAAUCUGAGAGGUCCUGGGUUCGAUCCCCAUCAGGAGCAAUCAGGGAAUUUUAAUUUCUGAUAGUAUCCCUAAUGCUGAUUGCUUUUUAAAGUAUUUUUAAUUAUUGUAACAAAUAUCUAGUUAAAUUUCAUCCGGCGUACUUCAUGCGAGCAGAUGCCCAUAAUCCCCCCUCCACGAAGCACAUAAAUUAUUUAUGCAAAAAGGUUCAGCUGGCGAACUAUUACUUUAUUUUUUUUCUUUAUUUUACCUCUCGCAACUUUCACACACUCGCACCCACCACUACCCGAGCUGCUGGCAAUCGGCUUACUGCUUAAUCAUAUAAGAUCAACUGUCGAUGUUAGCCUCCGGCUUACUAUGACUUUUGUAUUUGCAACGCUACCUUCCAGACUAUAAGACGACAAAGAGAGCCAGACAUCAAUCACACUUAAAUCACCUUUGUGCGUCUGGGAUUGAAUACGGAAAACAAAUUGGACAGCUAAUCAGUGAGCAUAU